GUAUGAUUCUGUACCAAUCUCGGAAAAGAUUGAAAUUGAAAAUUGAAUUACAUUUACCGUUGAUGGAACGAAUGUUGCGAUGAACUUCCCUGCAACUUUGCACUGGGAUUAUAAUCAAACAAUCUCUUCCAUCAUCAACGUGUCACAUUAUCGAGUUACUUCCUAGAGAUAUUUCAGAAGUUGUUACCGUGUCAAUUCGAUAAACAAUUUAUAUGUAGUCUCUAAUAUGGUGAUAGCAAGUAUAAGAAAUAUUCUAAUGUAUCGCACAAUAUUAUGCGAAAUUUAAUGGUCGUAAAUAAAAUGAAUAAUUCGAAACUCGCGACGUGUCUUUCCGUUAUUCGUGAUUCUCGAUCAGUAUUGUAUGGAGAAUAUAACAGAACGUUGAUUUAUCAUUCAAACAUAUUAGUUACAGGAUACAGGUAAAUUAGCUAUAUAUUGAAUUACUCCAAAAUAACUGCGAAUCUAUCCUAUGACACGUACGUCAAAAUAAUCCACAACUUUUAGUUUCUUAUAAAUUAUACGUGCUCAGAUGUAAAAAUGUUGAAACGGUUUUGCUAUAGACAAAUUUUUAGUGACUUGUUGUGUCCCCGAGGCCAGAUUUUAUCCAAAAGAAAACCGUUCAAAUUACAGUUACAGAAGCGCAAUGUCCUCGCGUUGUCUUCAAGAUCGUACGCCUCUUCUUGUCCCGGUGAAAAAUCCGAUCGUUGCAUUGAGAAACCGAUGAAAUGGCCGAGCGGUAGACCAGCUAAGUUUAAAUUCCACGAGGAAACCGAGGCCAUACUGAACGCGCAAAUAAACGCAGAGCUGAAAGCGUUUUAUUAUUAUCUUUCUAUGGCUGCAUAUUUCGGACGCGCCGAUGUCGCAUUGCCCGGUUGCGAAUCGUUCUUCAUGCAGAUGCACCACGAGGAACACGAGCACGCUCUCCGAUUUGUGAAUUACGUAAAAAUGCGCGGUGGUUGCGUUAAUUUGUGUAACGUGGAACAUCCCGCCGACCAAGAUUGGAAAUGCCCGUUGAAUGCUUUCAAAACAGCUCUAGAGUUGGAAAUCGAGGUAAGCGAGAAACUCGUGGCGGUGAACACCGUGGCGGAAAAACAUGGCGACUUGAACGCUAGUGACUUUAUUGUCACCGGCUUCAUGGAGGAUCAAAUGAAAAGCGUGAACGAAAUGGGAAGAUUCGUGGCGGUUUUAUCUGGAAUAGGCGAUCAGGCGCUGGCCCGUUUCAUCUUCGACAAGGAUUUGCUCGAAAAUCACGUUUUGUCGAAGUUCAAUGUACUUCGAACAAAAUCGAAUUCGAAUGGAAGAGACGCCUAG